AGGUCAAUGGUUGCUCUCACUAUACUUCAAACACGUUUUAUUUAUUAACUUGGAAUCAUAUAAAUGAGAGAGAGAUAAGUGAAAUUGUUGAUUUGAGCUGAGAAUUGAUCAUUACUUGACCUCCUAUAUUGAUCUAGAGAGAGAAAAAGACUUUCAGAGAAAUGGUGAGAGCUCCCUACUUCGACAAAAAUGGACUCAAGAAAGGUGCUUGGAGUCCUGAAGAAGACUACAAGUUAAGAGCGUAUAUUAUGAGAUACGGCCAUUGGAACUGGCGUGAACUUCCCAAAUAUGCAGGACUACAAAGAUGUGGCAAGAGUUGCAGAUUGAGAUGGAUGAACUACCUUCGUUCGGGUGUAAAACAUGGAAACUACUCCAAAGAAGAAGAGGAUUUAAUCAUCAAAUUACAUAAACAAUUAGGAAAUAAAUGGUCAAGGAUAGCUGCACAAUUACCGGGAAGAACAGACAAUGAGAUCAAAAAUUACUGGCACACCCAUCUGAAGAAACUCACAAAGGAAAGCAAUAGUGAACCUGGAUUGAAAGAAGAUUACUCAAUGGAGCAACCAAGUGAAACUUCUCAAUGUGAGGUCAUCAGCAAGAAUGGAGAUCUGAAAGUUGAGAAAUUUGUCCCAGAUACUCCUUCACACGGAAUAUUGGAAAGCUCUCCAUUAUCCCCAGAGCCUUCUUCUAGCGAGCUUUCCCACUGGACCUCAGAUUCUGCACUGGUUACAGUAUCUAGUACAAGUUCAAGUUCAGACUGGAUUGCGGAAGAUAGCCUCCCUUCAUUUGAAACAUUUGAAAAUACAAGUGAAGAUUUCUGGACAAGUGAAGAUUUCUGGACCCAACCUUUUGUAGCAGACCAAGAUGGCUAUAGAUUACCAAUGCUAGAGGAUGGACUUGUAUCUUCGUUUUUGACAAGCUAUGAAGAUAGUAUAGAUUUGUUCUACCAGGUGAUGCAAGAACUUCCAGAAAAUUAAAUAUUUCAGGUUUUUAUCUCCCCCAGGAUAUUGGAAAUGUUGUAACUGCCAUCGUGCACACUUCAGCUGAAGGAAAAGAAUUGAGCAAUUUAUUCAAGAAAUAAUCAUGAGAUAGAUUUACUUUU